GUCUUAUUAAACCAUUCCACCGUUAAUAUGCAAAAUGCUUCGUUUGCCUUUUUUAAGACGUUUAAAAUGGAACGAAUAUGUAUCUCUCUUUUUGGGAUUUUUAUUUGUUAUGUUUGAGAAAUUGCUCUCGGGCGUUGUGUUUACAAUUCAUUUCACCCUUCGACCUGCUUGGAAUAAGUUUCAUACUGAAUGGACUAAGCGAUAUCCAGAGAAGCCUGCGACUCCUUUUGUCGAGAGAGCAAGGGCUAUUCACGAUGCAGAUGAUAUUCGUCAGAUGUGUAGGAUUUCUGGAUACACUGUUGAGGAACACCUUGUAAGGACUCAAGAUGAUUACAUUCUUUGUAUUCAUAGGAUAUCAAAAGACCGCCCUGGGAAGAUAGGCAUGCCAAUUCCUAAAAGGCUGCCUGUCAUAUACUGCCAUCAUGGACUAUUAAUGAAUUCUGAAGUAUGGGCUUGUAACAUUGAUCCGGAAAACUGUUUAAUAUAUCAACUCGUAGACGAAGGAUAUGAUGUUUGGCUUGGAAAUAACAGGGGAAAUAAGUAUAGUCGACAGCAUCUUCGGUUCGACUCGACAGACAAUGACUUUUGGAAUUUUAGCAUUGAUGACUUCGCUCACUACGACAUUCCCGACACCAUUGAUUAUAUUUUGCAAACUUCUGAGCAAAAACAAUUAACUUAUAUUGGGUUUUCUCAAGGAAGUGCGCAAGCGUUUGCCGCACUAAGUGUUCAGCCUCUUUUGAAUGAAAAAGUAAACUGUUUCAUAGCAUUGGCACCAGCAAUGAGUCCAGGAGGGCUGCACAAUCAGAUUGUUGACGCCUUUGUAAAGGCAAGACCGUCUGUUUUAUUUUUUCUCUUUGGUCGGAAGUCCAUCUUGCCGUCGGCUGGUUUUUGGCAAAGUAUACUACCAAGUACUCUUUUUAAUCGCGUGUUAUCUUUUUUUCUUCUACAAUUGUUUAAUUGGAGUUGCGAUACUAUAUCGCCGUUGCAACGACAUGCAUCGUUUGCUCACUUGUAUUCGUAUACCAGCGUAAAGUGCCUUGUCCAUUGGUUUCAGAUAAUGCGCUGUGCAGAAUUCCGAAUGUAUGACAACGAUCAGAUUGCUCAUGGUUACUUUUCCAAGCACUAUAGAGCUGCCAGAUUUCCGACGAAGAAUAUUCGUACCCCAAUUUUAUUAUUUUGGGGAGAACUAGAUUCUUUGGUGGAUAUCCAACCUAUGUUAAACUCGUUGCCCCCUAUGGCAGAACAGAUUAGGAUUCCCGGAUAUGAGCAUUUGGAUAUGAUUUGGGCAGAUACGACUCAUAAAUAUGUAAAUCCUCUGGUAUUGCAGCGACUUGCUGUAAUCUAUGGUGACACGCGAUCAAAAGACAGUGCUAAAGAAAAGGCGUCCGAAUUCCAGAGCCCACAAAAUCAAAAUCAGCAAGAAAGAGAUGAGGAAUAUGAAGGGGAAAAAUCCAAAGAAGACAAAAAGGUGGAUAAGCUUGUAAGGCGGGAUAAGAAAAACAAAAAGAAAUGGGGAUGGAAGAUGAAUGAUGAGGAUUUAAUGAAAAUGUAUCGAUCAAAUGUGGAUCCUACUAUUUAAGGAAUUCCAGAUUUCCCUUUUUUCUUGUUAAACAGAAACCUCCUUCAUUGCUUUGUCCGAUGCUAGUACCUGCCUCUGUUAUGUGCUUGUUCUAUUUAUGAAUGCUUUGUCUGUUUGUGUUUAUGUAUAAUUUAAUUCUUAAUGAUAAUGGUAACAAACGGAAUCCUUUUCUUUAUUUUAACUUGAUCUUUGCGACCUGUAAAAGUAUACAUGUAUAGUACUUCAUAGACACUACGAAGAAAUCAAUGUGAUAAA